AUGUCAACUGAACCAAAGCCGCUAUUUGUCUAUGGAACUCUCUGCGCCAAACAGCUCCUGGCUUGGGCUUUAACAGGCGAGCAAUCCAAUGCUGCCGAUAUCGAAUUCAUGAUCCGUCCGGCGAGAGUCUUUGGAUCCGCAAGAUAUGGAGUAUAUGGCUGCGACUAUCCAGCUGUGGUUCCUCACAACAGUUCUGACGUCAACGGCUAUCUUAUUACGUUCCAAAACAACUCGCAAAGAAGAAAAUUGGACGAUUUUGAAGGCGAAGCAUAUAAAGCCGUUGCUACCAAGGCGCACAUUCUGGAUAACAAUGACCAGCCUUGUGGGGAAGAAGUAGAUGCUGAUAUUUAUAUUUGGAAUGGUGCCGAUGAGAGUCUAACGGGAGAACCGUGGGACUUGCAGUACUUCAUUGACGAAAGGCUGGAGGAUUGGCUGGACUUAUUUGAAGGGAUGGAGCUCACUGGCGGCGAUCACGUGGAUCGUAUUUCGUUUCGCAACCUCACUGUCGGGAUAAGCCCCCUCACUUAUGCUUAUGUUCGGAAGUUCCUCUCACCGGCUCAAAUUGUGAAUUCACGACUCAUCAACUCGGUCAUGGUUGGUGUCCCCGGUCGUACUACUGCAUGCAGUACGUGUAGACAACGCAAGAAGAAGUGUGACCGCCAGCAACCUGAAUGCAGCCGGUGUAUAAAAGCCGGCCUCACGUGUGGAGGAUAUGGUAAACCAGGUUUAAUCUGGCUGAGUGCCACGGCCAAUACGAACAAAGGCAACAGCAAUGGAGAGUCGUCAUCUCAGUCACAGCCAUGGGCGGUGAGAUAUAUGCGACCGGAAUAUACCAAGAUGCUGAUUCGAACUGCACGGGAGCAGCAGCACCUUGGCAUGUUCUGGACGUCGUUUCUUCCUCGGGGCAGGGAGUUCUCCCUCAAAGCCUCCAAAGUCUCCACUGGCGGAUGGACGAGAGCCUUGGAUAAGCUGUAUGAUGCGGAGGCAGCACUGAGAAAGGCAUCGCUAGCCUUGAGCGUCUCGCUUUUAGGUGAGAGGACGAAGGACACGGCUACUCGAGUUAGUGGUCUCUUGUUAUAUGAUCAAGCCGUGAGAGAGACUUCGAAUGCUCUGCAGUCAGCAAAGAGGGCCAAGACCGAUGGCGUGCUUGCCGCCGUUCGUCUAAUGGCACUGCAUGAAGCCAUGUUCAGCCCCCUGGAAAAUAGACAGGUGAAGGGUUGGCGUCGACACAAUGACGGCCAACUGGCACUUUUCCUCCUCAGAGGUCCAUCCGCCUUUAUCUCACAGCCGUCACACCAACUAUUUGUAGAUGGCCGGCUCAACAUUAUCAUCGCAGCCAUCACUCGGAGAACAAAGUCUCCCCUCUCGGCAAAGGAGUGGCAGACGGUGCCCUGGGAGAUACACGAGAAAUGCGUCAAAGACAGACUUCUUGAUAUUAUGAACGAAAUACCUUGGAUCCUAGAACAACAGGACAACCUCCAAAACCUGCCGCCCAGCCACCAGAAAGAUAAAGUACCCGGUAUUCUGCACCAAUGCAAGCGCCAGGCCAUGGCUCUUGAGAAAUGGAGAAGACAUGACGAGACUGACGCUGUGUUAUCUAUGUUUGACCUUCAGGACGAGGACGAGCCGCUGCCUUCCCCCAAGGACGAGGUGGAACUUGCUGGUCUACACUUGACUGGUUUGUAUUGGAUUGCUGGUUUGUUAUUGUACUCUACGCUUUGGACUGUCUCCGAUGUUGUAAAUGGCGUCCAGCGUGAUGAAGUAAAUCAAAAGUCCAAGGUAUACGAACGGGCAACCAGAGCGUACGCCAAGAGGAUGGCCUACUCCGUGCACCUGUUCUUCGAAGAGUCAUCUAGUGAGUUUGAGAAAAGCACAGGCCUGUAUCCGCUCAUCAUGGCCUCUCAGUUGUAUCGCCGUGUGAAACCAGUGCCGGAAGAACAAGGAGCACGCGAGGCUAUUCGUCGUCUUGUGGAUGAGGUGCUGCCGGCAUGA